GAAGCGGCUCCUCCGGUUGAGUUUCGGGUUUAAAACUGUAUCGGUUAAAUUUGUAACAAGUUGUGAGAGUUUGCCUGAGUCCUUCUUUCACGGUUUAAUUAAUCCGAAUAUUGUCAUAGCUGUCUACAUUUAUCAAUCUAAUAUGGCUCAUAAACAGAUCUACUACUCGGAUAAAUACACAGAUGAUCACUAUGAAUACAGACAUGUGGUGUUACCGCGAGAACUGGCCAAACAAGUGCCCAAAUCUCACCUGAUGUCGGAGGAUGAGUGGAGGAGGCUGGGUGUGCAGCAGUCACUGGGAUGGGUGCAUUACAUGAUCCAUGAACCAGAACCGCAUAUUCUGCUGUUUAGAAGACCUCUACCAAAAUAAUGACUGUGACAAGUGUCGCCUGCUCUUCUGGAACAUUCCUGUGGUUGAACGUGAUAUUCAGUGAAUACUGGAGAACUUCACCUCGUUUCUGGACUCCUUUGACCAUGAUUUAUGCUUGGACAGAAUCAAGGGAUUAUGGGAAUUUUUCAGUAAAAAUUCAAGGGCUCUUAACUAAAAAAAGAAAAAGAAAAAAAAAGCAUGUGACCCAAGUGCCUCUCUGGGUGAAGCUAAACCUUUGUGUGUUGAAUAAAAGUCUGUGACGCAUCAUCAGUGUUUAGAAACCUAAAUCAGUGUUUAUAUGGCUGAACUAAAGGAUAAUGCUGAAUAUUUUUGGGGAUAAAAAGAUGUACUGUAUGUUAAAGGGAAAUAAUUUGUGUGUAUCUAGGAAAUGAAGAUUCUUAGUUAUUCAACGUUAAUUGUCCAGGGAAGGCAAGUGUAUACUUUAAAAGAGCUUUGUCGUUUAAAUUACGAUACAAAAUUUGAACCAUCUGUUAAAAAGUAGUUAUAGAACAACCAUAAUGACAGCACUAUCAGCUACUGCGCUUUGUGAAAACAGGGUUUUUACUGAGAAAAGAACAAGUUUAUACCUUUUAAAACAACCUUACUUUUCAAAAAGAAUAGGAUUAUGACUUUUUAUAUUCUUGCUGCUCUUUAUAAUAAAAUUGAAAUGCCGCCUCGUA